UUUCCGUAAACAACAUGGCGGUCGAGCCAUAGUUACCACGAAUUUUGGUAUAAAGUCCAUAAAAUUUUAGCCUAACUGGACGUCUGAACUCUAAUAGCCAUGGGGAAGAAAGGGAAAAAGAAGGGAAGUGGAGGAGGCAAGAAGAAAGGCAAGAAGGGGAAGAAAGGAGGAAAGAAGAAGGAGCCACAAAUGACAUUCAAGGAAGCAUUGUUGGCUUAUCAAAUCAAUAUAAAAGAGAAACAGAUUGAAGAUUACAAGUAUGAGAUUCGAGGACUGGAGGAGAGGAAUAAGAGGCACAAAGAAAGGAAUGACCGCCUUGAAAGUGAACAAGUUUACUACAUCAGGAACCUACUUAAACAGGCCAAGGAGUUUGAGAAACAACUGAGUGAGGCAGAGGUUGUAAAUAAAGAACAGGUCAUUGCAAUCAUGAUGGACAAGUGGGCUACAGAGAAGAAUGAAAUAAAAUCUAUUGAAAAUUUAAAGGAAGAGUUAAAAGAAAUGGAUGUGCAGAUAGCAAAGUUACAAAGUGAGGUGACCUACUGGGCAGAUUACAAGGAUCGGGGUUGUUAUGACCAUAAAAAACAAAUCAAGCUACUAGAAAAUGAACUGGAGGACAUGCAGAACGCAUUUGAGGAGAUGACUGCACACAUCAACAGAAAUUUAGAUAAAGCCAAGGAUGAGAUCAGACAGAGCAUGGACGAAACAUUGGACAAUCAAAAGUUUAUCGCUUCCGAGAAAGCUAUGGGUAGGAUGGAUAAGAAUAGUAAACAAGAGGUAUUAGAUAAUGACUGGUUGAAGAGAGAGACUGUUAUUCACAAACGAGAGUACGAUGAGUUAUUGAGCAAUGUGGAGAACCUCGAGAAGAGAAACCUCGAGAUCAUGAGUGAACUUUUCGACUGCAAGAUAGAUGAUCUCAAAAUUUCGAGGAAUUUCUAUUUGACUCAAUUUGAAGAGAAUGACGACCUUGAUGCAUCACCAGGCAUCCUUGAAUUAGAUUUAGCACGGGUUUCUCUUGAUUCAAAACCAAUGUCAAUUGAGGCUGCCCGGCCUGUCCGACCAAAGAGCGCCACCCAGCGAGCGGUAGAGAAAAAGGUGUUUUCACUGAUUACAGCGCCACAAGAAGAGAGUGAAAGUGAGGAGGAAAGUGGAAGUGAUGAAGAUGAAUCUGGUAGUGAGGCCACGUCCGUUACAGGUUCACAGGAUCCCUUUGAUAAUUACUUCAACUUUGAUGAUGAAGAUUUUAAUGACUAUCUCCAGCUGGGUCCACUAGAACUCAAGAUGCUGAGUAUCCAAGGUCAACAGAUGAAAAUAUUCAACCCGCUACGACCUCCAACUGCUGAAACGAAUAUGCAAGCUUGUAAUCCAGAGAAGUGGCCUGUCACGCAUCCAAUGUUAAAACACACACUGAACCCUCCCCCUCCCCGGGAAACGCUUUAUUGAGGAGACUGUGAUAGGUAGAAACUGUGGACAUUCUGCUGCUGUGACUUGACGUUGCUCACGAUCAGUUGCUGACACUUUGCUUAUCACAAUAAUUGGCCAGUUUAUCUCAAAUGGCUGAUACUGACUGUGAUAUUGUAAGCCUGUAGAAAGCCACGAGGACUAAAGAAACUGUAAACCAGGAAUAUUUUUGCUAGCUGGAGAAUUUCCCUCACACCCACUGUCCAUGAAAGAUUAAAGAUAGUCGUCAAGACAGUGGAUUUUGUCAGAUUUUAAGUCAUCGGUAGGAAAAAAUUAUACUUUAAGUUUGGCAUCAGUGUAAUGUUUUGACACUUUUGGAAAUAUUCAGGUAUUUGGAAGUUACUCUUACAUGGCUGAGUGUUAGACCAUUGGACUGAUAUUUUGAAAAGUUUUUGAUAAUCCGUCUAAACACGGCUUGUGUUACAUGUAUAUUGUUGACGUUGUUUUGGUACAUAAUUGUGAUGAUAUUCAAGACAGUUAAAUUUAAUAACAGGUGUGGGUAUGGUAGCUGAAAUUGUUAGAAAAUACUCUGAUGACAUAUUUAUUUAAAUGUUGGUGCGACUGUUAAAUCAAGCUCGCCACCCCUCUGGACCCACUGUUGAUGGUUGACUUCAGCCAGAACUUACCUAAAAAAUAUGCUUGUUAAAUUCCCUAUUGACUCCUAUUUUUGUUGAGACAUUCAUUCCUCAUUACACCCUUUACGCAAUCUGCAUAAAUGAGCAGUAAGAGCACCUUCAAAAUAUUUCAAGAUCAUUAUCAUGUAAAGUAGACACUGUUAACAUUCCACUGUGGGAAAUACAAUGCCCAGUUGAGAAGUCUGUCAGGAGCUUUUAUAGUCCGUUUCAGAAUGACUUUUAGUGGGUUUUCCAUCUGAACUCUUCACCUUAUCUCACUUUAUUUGAUUAUUUUGAGUUGCAUUCAUCACAUUAAAGUUUAUU